AUGUCUUCUGAGACAUAUACACAUCAAAAGAAGAAACCAUCAUGUGAAGCUGCAGAAACUUCAAAGGCUACUGAGAAGAACAGUGGCAACAAGGAGAGUUCGACGCCAAAUGAUGAUCAAAAUUCAGUCUCUCGACUUGUGAAUUUAGUGCAGAUACUAAUUCAAAAUGUGGAGUCUAUGGAAACCAACAUUGUGACUAAAGUGGAUGCUGCAAUUGAUGCUAAAAUUGGUAACAAAAUUGAUAUGCUCGAAAAGGAUGUUAGACAACUACAAGAGCAUCUCGAACGUGGUGCCACUAAGGAAGAUGCAACAUCUAAUGAUCAUGUAGAUGUGGAUGUGACAAGUAAAUCUCCAUCGUGGAUAGUAAUAAAAGCUACAUCCCAAGACGAUCUCCCGAGUAGCCGCGUUGUGAAGAAUGUGAACAAAGCUACGGAUCAAGUAAAGAAGAAUGGUGAAAAACAACAGCUUAAGAAGAUUGCUGUUAAGAAGAAUGGUGAUAAGAAACAAGAUGCGAAGAUUGCUGUUAAGAAGAAGAAUGGUGUUGAGCAACCACAUAAGAAGAUUGGCGAUAAGGGUGCGAUGGCUCAAUCAUUUUCAACAGAAUCAGACUGCGACAUCCGGGAGAAAAAACAGAAACUUGAUAAUCUGUUUGGAGCACUAGGACAAGGUCUCGGACGUUUGAAUGGUAACGCAGCUGGUCCCCCCAUUCAGGGGAGCUCAAAUAUCAAGCGUAUCGUCAGAAAUGUGACCCCUUCAGCUACAAGCUACGAUCCGUUUGCCAAAGUGGAAGAGAGUAAAGUGCGUAAAUUGAUGGAUUUUAUUGACCUUAAAGAGUAUGUGAUCUUUUCCUCCUUCCUCCAUUACAUUAUUAUUCUAGAUACAAACAAUAUUAUUAAUGAUCUUGCAAACGUUUUUAGGGGCCAACCUCUACGGGUCAGCAAUUCAAGUUUUGAAUUUUACAAUGUUAUUAUUACUCUGAGGAAAGAUUGGCCUGAACUAACCUAUGGCUGGGUGGGUGGUUCGCAAGUGAAUUCAGUGAUGCAUAUGUUCCAUAUAAGGUCUCUUUCUGACCCAUGUCCUUAUCGUUCUACAAGGAUUGCAUUUCUGGACCAAUGGUUUGUUAGCGCUUGGCGUGAUGAUCGUGGUGAUAAGCGUACACAUGUUUUGUAG